GAGACCAUGUUCAAAAAUGGAUAAAACUUCGACUAAAAAACACGACAAUUUUUAUAACUUUAAAGAGAUUUUAGCAGCGAUGGCCGUCGGGGCAAUGAGCUUUCCUUUUGCUCUUGGCUUCAUGCAAAGUUUCGUUUUUAAACCAGUCAGAGUUAGCUGUAAAUUACCACAGGGAAUGGUGCUGGUUUGUGGUGCUGCUUCAGUAACUUUAUCAGGCAUUUUUGCUUCCAGCACUUUUGUACUUUCCUGCGAGGGUUUAAAAAAGUCAAAACUGUUAGCAAACGAGCAUCACGCGCCCGAAAAACGUUUUAAGUUGGAAUUUGAUAAAAAAGAUGAGCAUAUAUUUAUGUGGGGUGCUGGUAGCUUGGUGAUUUUUAACUUGUUGGGUGGAAAAUUACGCCAGGUUGUACCUAGUCACUUGUUUCAUCCUGGAGCAUUUGCAAGAGUGUCUGUGCCUGCAUCUGGUAAAAGUUAUGCAAAGUCAUCUGCAAAAAGAAAAAUUUAUUUGUUAGGCAGAAGGUACGGCUGUCACUCGUGCGGCAAGCGAAGCCAUAAAAAAUUUAUAGCAGAUCACAUUCCACCAAACAAAUUAGUGAAAUUUUACCAAUCACAAGUAUUUUAUCCACAGUGCAAGACAUGUUCCCAGAAACAAGGUGGUGUUCUGUCUUCAAUAAAUGGAUCAGGAGCAAUACAAACACAUGCAACCACUUUAAGAACGUAUCAUUUAUGGUUACCCAUCCCACUUGGAUUUGCCGUAGUAAAGAAGGCUUUGGAGGAGAACGACUCGACAAACAACAGUGAAGUCUAGAGCUCAACAAUGUUUUAUUAGAUCGUAAAUCGUGACUCAAAAGGUUUUGUUAACCAAGUAUGGAGCUAUGCGUAGCGACUGGUAGUCAGGGCCUGUCAGGCAUCGCACUCAGUCGAAACCAUUUUAUGCUUUUGAAAGACAUUGUCAUUGAAGAAUAAUACAAGACUUUAAUACAGUGAAUUGCUUUACUAUUUUACGGUCACCCGGUCGCUUUUUUAAAGAAAACAUUUGCCCUAAAUCAUUUUGCCGAAAAUCUGCCUGCAAACGGCCCUGCUUUUGCAGGGACCCAAAAUCCCCCUCCGACGGCGUGUGAUGGUGUGGUGAACUCUCCUGGUAAAAAACCACGGAACGUUUUUAGAAAUGAGAAAAGACAUUUUGUAAAUUUCUAACGUUUAUUCAGUAUUGAUUCUAUUGUAAACAUUUGCGUGCAUACAAAGAAAUAAUUCAAUAUAUUGUUUAGACUGAAAUUAUAAAUAC